AUGAUUACUCUGCAUGAAAUUCAGGCCGAUUACAAAGUGGCCAGUACAAGAGAAGAAGUGGCCCCUCAACACGUCAAAGGGGAUCUCCAGCACGAUGUUCCCUCGCACGGCUGUGAAGACAACAAGUCGACGCCAAAACGUGAGAAUGGGAUGUCCAGCACGAUCCUCCCUCACGCGGCUGUCAAAGUUCUUCAGAGUCGAGACCCUAAAACUCUAUGCACUGGGCUGAAUGGAGCGUUUACCGAGUCAAUACUACUCUCUUCAAGUCGCGAUAUCCCAGACAUCGGAGCAUUUUUUUCAUCUCAUGCAUGGACAAGACAAAUAGACAACAGCAGUGGGACAUCCUGUCACAAGAUACACGAUAAUGCAACUCUGCUAUCACUACAGCAACAAAACAUCGUCAAAAGUGACAGAUCCAAAAGUGCCGAACCCAAAUCCCUUUUUUCCUCGCACUAG